AUGGCAGCCCUGGGAGACAAGAUCGCGGCCAACAUUCUCGCGCAGACCGCGAAGGUUCCGAGCAUCCCAUGGAGUGGUGACGGCCUCACCUGCACCCUCACGGACGAGGGCACCGUGCCGGACGAGGUCUUCAACAAGGCCAUGGUCCGCACCGUCGACGAAGCUGUGGAGAGGGCUGAGAAGGUCGGCUUUCCGAUCAUGGUGAAGGCCUCCGAGGGUGGCGGCGGCAAAGGUAUCCGAAAAGCCACGAACAUGGAGGAGCUCAAGGUGGCCUUCACCAACGUGAGCACGGAGGUGCCAGGCUCGCCCAUCUUCUUGAUGCGGAUGGUUUCGAAGGCACGCCACUUGGAGAUCCAGAUUUUGGGCGACGAGUACGGCAACACCUUGGCGCUGAACGGCCGCGACUGCUCCACACAGCGCCGCUUCCAGAAGAUCUUUGAGGAAGGCCCUCCCACCAUCGCGAAGCCGGAUGUCUUCCACGAGAUGGAACGGGCGGCCAUGCGCUUGACCGCGCUGGUCAGCUACCGCGGUGCGGGCACUGUGGA